CUCUCUCCUUAUAUGAUAUAGUUUAAAUUAUAUAAAGAAUAACGAAUGAAGAAAAGCUGAAAUGCAGUGAGGAGUUUGUUUAUGGUGACAGUGUUCAUAUCUAAGCAACAACAUUCUCUUCCUUUCCAUGACGUGUUCGUAUGUCCCAGUACUUGCAUACUCUUUUACUACACACACAAAAGUAUAGACUUUUUCUUCACAAAAAGAGUACGUACUUUUAGUGCAUAGUAUAAGUAGGUGAACUGAGACGCAGCGACAGUUUUUUUUUUAUGUCUUUCUUGUAGGAUUGCUUCUUAAGAGGAAACAAAAUUGAAAGUAUUAAUUCUUUAGGAUCACUCCACCAGCUUUACUUUACGCAGUUAUGCUGUGUGCUUAUGAUGAUGUCCGCCGUUCAUAUAUACGGUGGAUGCUUGUACAGUUAGAAAAUUAGAGCUCUUAUGCGUUAUUGCUGAUUUUGUGGUUUAUGUCUGUUCUCUAGAACAUCCAGCCCUGAUGGACCAAAACAGUGGAAAUUUAACAUUUAGCUCCUUUAUGAACUUCUGAUUCGACUCGUACUCAGAACCGAGAAUGGCCUACAUGAGCCAUGUUAUAAGAGCAGAUUGUGUUAGAAAAGAGAAUAUUAGAUAUACAUUUUGAUAUGAUGGUCAGGUCAGAACUCUGGGUAAUGUUUCAGUACCUGAUACUGCUCUGGUUCUGACAUUGUCUUGAUAGAUAAUGACAGUGUGGGUUUUUGUUCCCCCAGUUUUCUCCCUAUUUUAGUCAUGUCCACUUCCUACCCAUUAGGGUGGUCUCCCCUAAUACAUGACAGCUACCAACCAGGGAGGGUGAAGGCUAUCGUAUGCUUCCUCCAAGGUUGUCUCGUCGCAGUGACGUAUCUUGAAGACGCUGGGCAGCUGAGAAGACGGUAAAAGCGAUGGCACUGAGUCUACAAUGAGGUUUGAGCUGAGGACAUCAAAUGAAACAUUGCAUUCAACUUUGACAACCAGCUGUCAUGGAAACCAAGGCAAAUGGUUCGAUGGAACCCAAAAGUGUGGUGGAGAAUGGGCAGCUUCCAGACCCUGCCCACUGGGCUGUAGCCGACGUAGUCAAUUAUUUUAAAGCUACUGGAUUUGAAGAGCAAGCCAAUGCUUUCCAGGAUCAGGAAAUCGAUGGCAAGUCUCUGUUGUUAAUGACUCGCAACGACGUUCUGACUGGACUCUCAAUAAAACUGGGUCCGGCACUGAAGAUUUAUGAGUACCACGUGAAGCCGCUUCAGACCCAGCACUUAAAAAGCAAUGCCUCGUAGCACUCCGAAUGGGCCCAGCCUUGGAAGACAAUCAUGCCAUGGAACAGCAGGGUAACUGCAGACUGAAGACAAGGCCAUGUCCUCAUGUGGGUUUUAUGCAUCCUUGUGGACAAAUACAGAAAAAAAACUUUAAUGUGAAUUUCUUUCUCGUUCUAAAUUAGUUGUACAGGUACAACUGUUUCUUUUUGGUGUGUGUGUGCGCGUGUGUGUGUUGGGCGGGCGGCGCAUGGGGUUGUUGGACUGGUGUUAUGACUGAAGUUUGUUUUUAAAAAUGACCCUUUGCAAACGUAAAAACAUGUCAAAAUAUUCAUUAUUUGCAAUUUUUACAAGUUUUUAAUGUAAAAUAUUGUGUGAAAGUAUUUGGCACUAAGACAAUAAACACUAUUGUGUAAGGUGUUGCUAGGUGUAACAUGAAUUUUCAGAGGCUUUAUUGAAAAUCAGCUUAUUGCGUAAUUGGUCUGUAUAUAAAAAGUGACUAAAGGAGUGGCAGAUCAAUUCAUUUGUUGGUGCUUGCUUCCUGUUCUCCUUAAGGUAUUUAAGUCUUUUAAUGGUUAUAAAUAAGAUACAGCACACACAUGAUGGUGUUUGGCCGUGAAAACUAACCAUGCUGCAGCUGUAUGUGUUUUUAUUAAAGAUUUAUUGAAAAUAUACUUAACUACGGACUUUUAAGCAGUGUAACUGGUAGCUAGAGCCUGGUGUCUGAUCCAACCAGGCUCCUUUUGUGUUUAACUGGGUUACUUACAUUACAAGACAAUUACACACAUAUAAUUGCUUACUGAUUCAUUUCCACACGAGGAUUACAAAAUAACUCUUUUUGAAUGACUAUUUUCUGAACCUGUUCUUUGACUCAUCUUGAUGGAUUGGAAAUGGGCAGUGUGUCUGAUGUCAGUGCUUAUGUAGUUAUGUUCAUUUUUACAAAGUGUCUUUUUAACAGAAUCCCGUCAAACAUCUGUCUUGCAAUAGAGGUUUCACUGAAUGUAUGAUGUUUGCAAUAACGUGCUUGAAUGAAAAAAGGCACUGACUCGACCAUAAUCCUAGUUACCAUUUCAGUGAGGAACGGAUCGCAACCCGAAUGACUAAUUAUUAUAAAAGUUGUAUGCAAGUUCCAUGAUUGGAUGCCCAAAUAAGUUCUUAUAUCACUGUAUUUUGCUCAUUUUGGGGAAUAAUUGUUCUGUUUUCCAACACCAUCUGCAAUAAUACAGCAUUGUAUAAGGAAUGAAAGGAAUCCAUACAAGAUUUAAUCUGUUUGUUACAAAUACAUUUAGAUGAAAUUUCACAUACCUUCAAUUAGUGAUCCAGAUAUUUCUUUAAACAAACAAAAAACAACUCACAAAUGUGUUUUAAAUCACUAUUAACCCUGUACAACAUUGUGUAAUGGUGUAUAUGUAUACAUGUUCCCAUUCAAUUUAUUUAUUAAAGCUCUUAUUUAUUAAAUGUGAGUAGUAUUUUUUGCGCCAUUGCAUUCAGAGCCACACUGACCAAUUCAGGUCUUUUAAAAAUUAACCUGUGUAUAUUUUUAGCUUUUAUUUGUGUUCUGUAACUCCACUUGUGAAAUUUGAAUACAUGGGGUUAAUUUUUUUGUUGACUUGUUUUUACUGCGGUUUAUUAAAGUCUGUUUAAGACGGC